AUCAAAUGAAACAAAAUGGGCCGUGAAUUUUUCUUGAAAGAAAAAUAAUACACCAUCGUAAAAAUGGUCAAGGAUUGAAUUACUUGACAAUACUGUUUUUGGCAAGUCAAUUCAUACUGACUUUCCUUAACAAACAUUAAUCUUCUCAAAAAAAUAAAGUCCUACGGUUUCUGUUUCGGUUUUUAAGCCAGACAGAGCCUCCAUCUCGCGUGUUUUUUGUUUUCAAAGUGUCUGCUUUUAAGUGAUUAAACUGCUUUUUUUUUUUUGAAAAAAAAAAACAGAGACGAAAACAGGGGAGGUCACCAUGGAUAUUGUCAGUCAGUUGCAGAGACAGUUUAUUGACUAUUCUGCAUCUCUGCAUCAUGAGGGAUUUGUGGAUGAUCAGUUUACUCAGCUCCAAAAACUGCAAGAUGAAAACAGCCCCGAUUUUGUGGUUGAGGUUGCCUCUCUUUUCUUUGAAGAUUGUGAGAAGCUUAUUAACAAUAUGGCCAGAGCUUUAGAGCAACAACAAGGUGUGGAUUUUAAGCAAGUAGAUGCUAGCGUCCAUCAGCUAAAGGGUAGUAGUUCCAGCAUAGGUGCAGUGAGAGUUAAAAAUGUAUGCAUUAGCUUUCGAAGUUUUUGCGAAGCCCAAAACCGUGAAGGGUGUUUGAGAUGCCUGCAACAGGUUACUCAUGAAUACUCCCUGCUGAAGAACAAGCUUCAAACUUUAUUUAGGCUGGAGCAACAGCUUCUUGCAGCAGGUGGAUCAAUUAAAUAACAUCCAUGUCAUCCUCUGGUAGAACAAAGGGAUAGUGAACAGUUGAUGUUGCAGAUACUUUUUUCUUAUGAGGUUUUGUAGUUUUAAAUUGUAACUAUGCUAAAGUAAUGAAGGAUUUUGCUUAGAUUUGUGUCUAAAGCCUUUAUGUGGCAGGGUGAUGCUGUGAAUAAAAGAUUUUAGCUUUCUGCCGCAUAAGCAUAUAUAUGUUACUUUUCUUUGUUGUUUAAUGUUGAGAAUUUUCAUGUUAAUCUGAUCAAACACUGAAGGGUGUUUUCUAUUUAGUAUUUGUUUAUUUU